GUAAAACUACAUUCUACAAGCACAAAGAAUUUUCACAGUGAGCCAAUAUGCUUAAGCUUCAUCGGUCUUUCAAAGUUGCCGGCGCCGGUAAUCACCCUUUCGCCGGAAAAUUCUUCCGUUCAACUCCAUUUCUACACCUAGAAGAAAUCAAUUCAAUCAACAAUGAAAACCCCACAAAUUCUUCAACCCAAAAUCUUGAAGAACAGCUCCGGCAGCUCAGGAUUCUACUUCAACAGCAUCGUAUUGAAAAUGCAAAAGGAAUUUUGGGUACCCUUAUUCAUACAAGUUCAGUUUCUCAACUUUAUACUCUCUUUUCACCUUCCCCUGCAAAACCCCUUUUCUCAGAUUUGCUAUUUUCACUGUAUUUAGAGUCAAAACUCAUUAACCAAGCUGAAGAGCUUUAUUCAUUAUUAAGGGAUGAUAAAAAGUUUCCACCUUUAUCAUCUUUCAAUGUGUUUCUUGAAUCUUUGAAUAGUUUAAAGCAGUAUAAAAAGACCCUUGAAGUUUUUUCUGAUGUAAUGAAUUGGGGUAUAAGGGUUGAUAAGAUUAGUUAUGGAAAAGCUAUAAUGUCGGCGGUGAAGUUAGGGGAUUUGGGUAAGGCUUUGGAGCUGAUAGAUUGUAUGAGAAAUGGUAGGGUGGGUAUGGACAAGUUUGUGUACAAUGUAGUGAUGGGUGGGUUGUGUAAAGAGAAGAGAGUUGUGGAAGCGCGGAAACUGUUUGAUGAAAUGCUUGAGAGAAGAGUGGCGCGGAGUAUAGUGACGUAUAAUAUUCUUAUGGAUGGUUAUUGUAAGAUGGGGAGGGUAGAGGAGGCUUUUAAGUUGAGGGAAAAGAUGAAGAAUGAUAAUGUGGAGCCUAAUAUGGUGACAUUUAAUACGUUGCUUAGUGGACUUUGCAAGUCGGGGAAGAUGGAGGAAGCUAAUUGUGUAGUGGAGGAAAUGAAGGGUUAUGGAUUUGUACCUGAUGGAUUUACUUUUAGUAUACUUUUCGAUGGGCUUUCGCGAUGUGAUGAUGUUAAUUCCUCGUUAGCAUUGUAUGAAGAAGUUGUUAAGACAGGGGUGAAGUUGAAUGAGUACACGAGUAGUGUUUUGUUGAAUGGAUUGUGCAAGAAAGGGAGGACGGAUAAGGCUGCAGAGAUUUUGAAGAAGAUGAUGGAAAAUGGGCUUAUUCCUACAGAUGUGUUGUUUAAUACCAUUUUGAGUGGCUAUUGCAAAGAAGGCAAUAUGGAGAAGGCUUAUUCAACUGUUGACGAUAUGGAAAUUACUGGGGUGAAGCCGAGUUGUGUCACAUUUAAUACUCUGAUCACGAAAUUCUGUGAAUUGGGUAUGAUGGAAGAGGCAAACGAGUGGUUAAGGAAAAUGCUUGAGAAGCCAGUUUCCCCGAAUGUUCAGACGUAUAACAUCUUAAUUGAUGGAUAUGGGCGCAAGCGGGAAUUCGUAAGGUGUUUUGAGAUUCUUGAGGAGAUGGAAAAUAACGGUUUGAAGCCUAAUGUAAUUACCUAUGGUUCUCUGAUCAAUUCGUUGUGCAAGGAUGGUAGGCUUCUUGAAGCUGAUGUAGUCCUAAGUGAUAUGAUCAGUAGAGGAGUUAAGCCAAAUGUGCAGGUCUAUAAUAUGCUUAUAGAUGGACAUUGUAUGAGAGGAAAUAUGACUGAUGCUUUUGGAUGUUUGGAGAUGCUAGAAAGUGAUGCGGAAACAACACUCGUUACAUACAAUACUCUAUUAAAUGGGCUUUGCAAGAAGGGUAAGAUCAAAGAAGCUGAGGAGUUGGUUGUGCAUAUUCAACUCAAAGGUUUCAUUCCAGAUGUUAUCACAUACAAUUCUUUAAUCUCUGGGUAUUCAGAUGCAGGGGACACCGAAAAGUGUUUUGAAAUGUAUGAGAAGAUGAAAGCCUCUGGCAUAAAACCUACAAUCAACACAAUUCAUCCUCUAAUUAGAGUGUGCAAAAAGGGAAAUAAUGGACUGGUGUUAAUCGACAAAAUUGUUGAAGAAAUGUCCCACGUGGAUCUUUCUCCUGACCGAGUUGUAUAUAACGAGCUCAUCCAUUGCUAUGCUCUGCAUGGAGAGGUUCAAAAGUCACUUGCUAUGCACAUAGAGAUGGUGGAACGGGGAAUUCCUUCUGACAGAAGGACGUACAAUUACUUGGUUAUGGUGCAUUUGAAAGAGGGAAAAGGUCAAGAAGCCAAGAAUCUUGUUGAUCAGAUGAAGGCUAACAAUAUUGUUCCGAAUGAUGAAACUUAUAAUAUUUUGGUUGAAUGGCAUUGCAAACUUAAAGAUUUUUCUGGUGCAUAUAUUUGGUACAGAGAGAUGGUUGACAACGGUCUUCUCCCAGUAGCCAAUAUUUGUAACGAGUUAUCAUCUGGCCUUCGAGAGGAAGGAAAAUUGCAAGAAGCACAGAUUAUAAGUUCAGAAAUGAGUUCUAAAGGAAUUGAAGAGUGUAACAUAAAUGAGGAUCUUUCUGCUGUUGCAAAAGCGUAGGACAGAGAAGGCAUUGCACUCCAGCUCUUAAGUUAAAAACUUUGGCAGCAAAUGAAAAGCUUGUAAUAUAUUCAAGAAUCAGUAUUAUUCUUGUUAAUUUAUUUCCAUCAUUAACAUACCUAUUCUCUUAUACAGGAUGAGAUGAAUUUCAUAGUU